AUGAGCUCCUAUUUUGUCAACCCUCUUUUCUCCAAGUACAAAGGCGGCGAGUCUCUGGAGCCAACUUACUACGACUGCAGGUUCCCACAGAGCGUCGCCCGCAGCCACACGCUGGUCUACGGACCCGGGGCGGCCGCGCCGGGCUUCCAGCACCCGUCCCAUCAUGUGCAGGACUUUUUCCACCACGGCACCACCGGCAUCUCCAACCCGGGAUACCAGCAGAAUCCGUGCGCACUGGCGUGUCACGGCGACGCGGGGAAAUUUUACGGAUACGAAGCCCUGCCCAGGCAAACGCUUUACGGUAGCCAGCAAGAGGCGAGCCUGGCGCAGUACCCGGACUGUAAAUCGUCGGGAGGCUCGAACCCCGGUGAAGGACAAGGCCACUUAAAUCAAAACUCCUCUCCCAGCCUUAUGUUCCCGUGGAUGAGACCCCACGCCCCAGGACGACGCAAUGGCAGGCAAACCUACAGCCGCUACCAGACUCUGGAACUGGAGAAGGAGUUCCUCUUCAACCCUUACCUGACCCGCAAGAGGAGGAUCGAGGUCUCCCACGCCCUGAGCCUCACCGAGCGGCAGGUGAAGAUCUGGUUCCAGAACCGGCGGAUGAAGUGGAAAAAGGAGAACAACAAGGACAAGUUUCCGGGUCAGAGGGGAGAGGCCGAGGCCGAGGAGGAGGGCAACGAGGACGGUGAAGUGGAAGAAGCAGAAGAGAAGGAAGCGGAAGAGAAAGACGAGACCAAGGAGUGAUUUUAUGGUCCUUUUAUGGUUAUAUGGCUGAAAAAGAGAAGAAAAAAGCUCUCAUAAAGAGAGCAGGAGUCACAAGAGCAUCAUCUUUAUGACCGCCCUUUCGUUUUUGUCAAGUGGGAACAGGAAUCCCAACAAUAUUCCUGUUAAAUAUGCACAUUUCUCAGUUAUCAACAAACGGGAUUACACAUUUUUUUGCCACAAAAAUAAGACGCUACACUUUAUUUUAUAUACUAGAUCUGCUGC